AUGUUUCUGAUGAUUGGUCCACUCUGGAGGUUGGCCAACAAGAAGCACAUUCUAGCCUUGCUAAGGCUAAGCAUGAUUGGUAAGUCCACUUUUGUAAUUCUAAAGUUUCUUCAAAAAGCUUGGCAACAACAAGGUGUCAGGCCGAACUUUUCAAACCAUAUUAGCAUUUAAAUGGCAAGAUGGGCAAUUAUUUCAUAUAGACAUCCAAAUUCACGGUUUAUGUCUUUCAAGGAGGAUUAGCUGAAUUCCUGGAAGUAAAGCUAUCAAUGACUACAGUGGUACCUUGGGUUACAUACGCUUCAGGUUACAGACGCUUCAGGUUACAGACUCUGCUAACCCAGAAAUAGUGCUUCAGGUUAAGAACUUUGCUUCAGGAUGAGAACAGAAAUCAUGCUCCGGCGGCGCAGCAGCAGCAGGAGACCCCAUUAGCUAAAGUGGUGCUUCAGGUUAAGAACAGUUUCAGGUUAAGUACAGACCUCCGGAACGAAUUAAGUACUUAACCCGAGGUACCACUGUACUGUACAUUUGCAGUCUUAACCAGGGUUAAGGCAAUAAACCAUGGUUAGUGCUAACCAUGGAUACUGCAAGAGGGGAGAGUUGUACCCACGUCCUGCUAAGAAGCUUCCCAAAGGUUUCUGGCUGCACAGGCAGAUUCAGGGAAGUGUAACCGGUUCAGUCACACUGGGCGUGGAGCAUUGGGAGCACCCCAGGGGUGCGGGUGCUGCAACUAUGAUGUAGAAUGGAAGCCCUCCAAAUUUUGGUGCCACACAGGGCACCACUGAAAUUUGAGACCCAAGGUCCAUUGCUGCUGGCUGGUUGCUGGACUAGAUGAGCCACUGGCCUCAUUCUGCAGGCUCUCCUUAGGUUCUUCAUCAGUCACUAUUGCCACCACUAAAACACAACUGAGAUCUGAGCGGUUGCUAGCAUUAUGCCAAGGAAAGAACAGUAGAAACUGCAGGAAAGAGAAUGUUGUUGUUUAGUCAUUUAGUCAUGUCCGACUCUUCGUGACCCCAUGGACCAGAGCACGCCAGGCACUCCUGACUUCCACUGCCUCCCGCAGUUUGGUCAAACUCAUGCUGGUAGCUUUGAGAACACUGUCCAGCCAUCUCAUCCUCUGUCGUCCCCUUCUCCUUGUGCCCUCCAUCUUUCCCAACAUCAGGGUCUUUUCCAGGAAGUCUUCUCUUCUCAUGAGGUGGCCAAAGUAUUGGAGCCUCAGCUUCAGGAUCUGUCUUUCCAGUGAGCACUCAGGGCUGAUUUCCUUAAGAAUGGAUCGGUUUGAUCUUCUUGCAGUCCAUGGGACUCUCAAGAGUCUCCUCCAACACCAGAAUUCAAAAGCAUCAAUUCUUCGGCGAUCAGCCUUCUAGGAAAGAGAAUAGAGACAGUUAAAAUUCAGCACAUUCACUAAGGCAUUCCACAGCUACCGGUGGGACUACUUUCAAGUAUCAGGGUUUACCCUACUUUCAUGUUUCAGGGUGUGGGCCUGCGGAAUAAAUCUUACUGACAAACAUGGGACCAGGCCAGUGUAUCUAUUGAUUUAACACCUUUCUAUUCUGCCUCCCCAUCAUAAAGCUGCAAUUGCCUUGUUUGGAAUACAAAUCAUUCUCAGCUAUGUUAAGAAUGGAGUGCCAUUUCUUCUAAAGAUUCUCCUUAAACUUGGAACGUAAUAUUAGAUUAUGCAAAUGUAGUGUCAGUGUUCACAUAGCUAGUUGCUUUUAGGCGUAUGAACAAAAGUCAUUUCAUAUGAACUUUUAAUAUCCCAGUGAAACACUAACUCUUUUCUGUGUUCAGAUCACCUGAUCAGUUGGGCCAACUCACAUUACUCUUUCUAGCAAAAAAUAAAACCACGUCAUUGCUCUUCUUCUAAGCAAGUGUCUCCCAACUUACACAGGGGUUACAUUCUUGGCUACUGUGUGUAUACGUGAAAUCACGUAGAGUGGGGAACACCAUCUAAAAAGUCUGUAAACACUCUCUAAACCUCUGGAAACCCUUUAAAAAAGCCAGCAGUGCCUACCAGACUGGCAUGAAUGGUCACAAUGGUGGCUCUCAGUUUUCCUCAUCGCUGGAGGACAAUGUGGAAACGACGAAAAGGAGAGUAGACCGGUACCCCAAAGUGCCUGGCUGUGAUUCAGAGGUAGACAGGACCCUGAAGGAGUGGCAGACCUACAUUUCAGGGGCUCUGAAGCUCAAAUUGUCAUGGCCCCCCCUUCACAACCAGCAAUGAGGUCUGGGUAACCACUGUUAUCUUCUGCAAUGGGGUUGUUCCAUGACAGAUCAGCACACCUUUACAACUUCAUUGCUACUGUCUCUCAAACUUCGGGAUGGUUGAAAUAUAUAAAACAAAACAUUAAUCAAUUUGUGUCAGGCGACUCAUAAGGGAUCUCCUAGAGUAGACCCAACAUUUUAAAGCAAUGUGAACUAAAGUCGCUUCAGGAUUAGGAGUCCUGAAGUUUAAGCUUCAUCAGUUUUAUAGUAGAUCCGCUCCUGCCCUGAAGUGCUUGGCUGUGGGUCAGAUUUCACUUGCUGAUGGUGCUCGUGCCAUUUUUGCAGUUUCCCUGCUCUUUUCAGGACGUUUUUUGCUCCUUUCACGCCUUUUUGCAAUAUAAAUUGUUUUAUUUAAUUAUUUCCUGUCACCGCACAUGUGGGGAGACACCUGUAUCUAAAAUUCUCUUAUCUUCUUUAAUAGGAAUAUGCACAUACACCUGCCAGGGGAGCUCUCUCAGACAACAGAGAAACUUUCCCCCGACAGCAUGCUGAGAAACUUUGUCCUUACUGGAUUGGUUCUGAAUUGAGUCAAGAGAAAUUUGAUAACUGCUUAUUUAGGAAUUUACCCUCUCCCAGAUUCACUAGUUUUCUACAUGCAAUUAUUUCAUAUAUAUAUAUAUAUAUAUAUGGACUCUACUGCAUGAGUUUGCUAAACAUGGCCCUCAGCUCUUAGAGAAUAGGACAAUGAACAGGUCUUUAUUCAAGCUGAGGUGGAGCAGCCAAUAGAAUUAUCAACCAACAACACUGUAACAACUGGAUUCUGUGGGGGUUUACUGCUUUUGAGAAAGCAUGCAAAGGAUCAGGCAAUAAAAUUAUUAAGGGGGAGGUGAGAAUUACCUUUAUUUGUUUAGGGCAUCAUCUAAGAACCUCUACGUUCACUGAUUUCAAAGGGGGAGACAGUUUUAUACUUUACUCUCCCAUUGGAACAAAUGGGUGUUAAUAGUGCUCAACUGUAGCUAUAUUAUACAAUUUUUAUUUUUAUUUUUUAAUGUGUUUCUCUUGACAGGGAGCAUUCUUUCAUACCAAGCUCCAAAUGCUUACCUUCGACUCUUGAUCCUGGCCAUGGGCGUUUCUUCAUCGUUGGUAGUUCAAACCGUAACAUGGUGGUCUGGCAAUUCUUUACAAAGGUAUUGUGAAAGAGGGCGCAGAUCUUGCAUUAUAAGUAGCAAGCUAUCUUCUUUGACAGUAAUCGAAAACAGUGAAAAAGCUUUAAUCUUAAAGCAGAUUUCUACUUAAUACUACAGCUAUUUUAGCUUAUUUGUUUGUGCAUUCCUUAAAAAUAUAUAUGUUUAAAUGUUCUGCUUUUACAGAUACUGCAGAAUCUGGGGAUUUAUACUAGGAAAAAUUGUUCUUCUUGUUCUUCGGAUUUGCUAUACAUCGUUAAACCCAGUAUGGAACUGUACAACUGCCAAUGUUACUAUAACCGUCCUAGGCUUUGUAGCAGCACUUGAGCGAACAUAUACAGGUGACAAUUCAAAAUGAAGCCAUUCCUUUCUUUGUAUAUCCUCAGCAGAAUUUUGAGGGUGGUAUGUGGGGGAAAACAUGACCAUCAAUAUGAGCUACGACUGAGUGAGUGGGUGAAUGGUAAUCCUAAUUUAUCUCCCUGUCCAACCCCAUCUUUAAUUCCCCUUGCCUCUGUUUCAUUUUCCUCUCUGUUCCUCAGGACUUUUGCCUUCCUCCGCUGUCUCACGGGCACCCUAACCUCCAACUUCCUCUAUUAUCAGGCCUGGCAUCAGGAGGAAGCAUCCUCAAGCAAUUGCUGGGGACUUGGUGCUCCCGAAGGGAUCACCCCUGAUACCUGCCGCGAUUCCUCCCAUCACCAUCACUCCUUCUUCUUUAUUCUUUGGCGAUUCCUCGUAGCCGGGUAAGAUUGUCUUCCAUGAACACGAUCUUAAGAGUGAGUCUGUAAGUGACUGUGGAGGCCAAUUAUGGAUUUACACAUCCUUCUACCUUGGGAACAUAGGUUUCUGGUGGGAGUUGAUCACAGUGAGGGUUUGCCAAGUGUGCCUUCCUCUUAGCACGUUUCUCCCUUUCAUCCUGAAUUUGAGUGUCUUCAAAGUCCAUGACACCUUUGGUAAAGGCUGUUCUCCAAUUGGAGCGCUCGCAGGCCAGUGUUUCCCAGUUGUCGGUGUUUAUACUAUUAGAAUUGCCAUUAGAGAGUCUUUAAACCUCUUUUGUUGACCAACAACAUUACGCUUUCCAUUUUUAAGUUCGGAAUAGAGUAGUUGCUUUGGAAGACUAUAAUUGGGCAUCCACACAUGACCAGUCCAAUGCAGUUGAUGUUGAAGAAUAAUUGCUUUGACACUGGGGAUCUUUGCUUCUUCCAGUACCCUGGCAUUAGUUCGCUGGUCUUCCCAAGUGGUGUGUAAAAAUUUUCAGAGACACUGUUGAUGGAAUCUUUCCAGGAGUUGGAGAUGGCGUUUAUAAGUCGUCCGUGUUUCACAAGCAUGCAGUAGGGUUGGUAGUACAAUAGCUUUGUAAACAAGCAUUUUGGUUUUCCACCAUCACUCCAGGGCAUUGUGGGAAAUUAAAACGGCCAUCACCAGUGGGGGUUUGGAGUCUGGCAGUGCUCAAUAGACUGCUGUUGCCUGGUAAACUCAUCAGAUAAGGGCUCGUCAGUGAACACUUGGCUGAGGGACUCCCACAUAUAACAAGCCGGACCUGAUUCUCAUUGAACCAUACCUGGUUCCUAGAGCUAUGUUAGUGAGAUGCCCACUAAAUACAGAGAAUGUGUGUGGAACCGCAAGGUCUUCAUUCCCCCCUGUGCUGUCACUCAGUUCUGUUUCUAGAGAGUAGCUCUGCUGAUUCUCUAUGUGCAUCCUAAGUCUUGACUCCUUGAUUCCAGACCUGUUAAACAUGGCGGUCUUUGUGGGGCAGACCUAUUAUUGAUCCCUGAUUGACUCACCCUGUCGAAGAAAGUGAUUAGGUUCUCAUAUCUGUGUAGCACCAUAACCUCUGGCGUAGGGCAGGCGCCAUAAGCAAGAACCCAGUCACUCGUAGUGUAUAAGACCAUGAAUAGCCACUGGCACAUGAGGUUUAGCAUAACUGAAUCCAGUGGUGUGCAGUCAGUGGACUAGGGUUAAAUGUUUCCAGUAAAUUAGAGUAUUAAAGUGUUAAAGACUAGUUACUCCUUCCCAAAGCCAGGAAGCUUCUGUCGGCUUAGGGAGGGAGGCACAAUGUACCCGUGCAUGGCAUUGGGACACCGCAAUGUUGCACACAUGCCCCCCCCUUGCUCUCACAAGCUGGUGCCUCUGGCACUAACUUGUUCCCCUAUGGAAAAAUUCACUGCACACCACUGACUGAAUCACACAGAAUUGUGCAACACAUAAUAAGUUUGAGAGGAUAUGAGUGAGGACCACUAGUGUUGUGUUUUAAAAUUAUGCUGGCUAUUAUGCUAGUACAAUUGUAUGGCCAGGAUCCAAAGAGCUAUGAGUUGUAUUUUCCAGCCUCCCUUCCUUUGUAGUCCAUGGCACCUACUCCCAAAAGCUGCUAUUUAUGGCAGGGGACCUUCAGAGUAGACUGCAGUGCACUGUGGGAGGAGAGGAAAUCAACUAGCCCACUGUGCAUGUGCAGAAGUAUUUUGUGUUUGUGUUGUAUGGGGUUCUUUGAAUCCCGAACUAUGCCAUGGGCCCAGUAGAAAUUCUCUUAGAAUAUGAUCCUUCCUGGGCAUUCUAGUCAAGAAGUAAGGUCCAUUAAAAUAAAAGGCUAUGGAUCACGCUUCCAAGAAGUAAACCUUUUAAAUUCAGUAGGACUUACAAGGCAAUCUUAACUGUGUCUUUUGUGUUAUGUGUGAAAAUCUUCUUAGAAAUUUCUGAACACUUAUGACUUUGUACACUUGGGUGGAAUCUACACACAUAUAAAAAAAAUGCUUUGAAAACGCUGUUUUAAAAAAGGUUUGAAAAAUAUAUUGAAUUUUGCAUAGCUCACUGUCGCCAUCUAGAGUCGCAUUUGUAUAUUGCACUUUACAACACUUUUAAAACAUUUUAUUUGCAGCUGUGUAGCUGAGUCCUUGAUUUGCUGAAUUGAUGUUUUCCACUUUUUUAAGGUACUAAAAGCCAAAAACAAGAAGCAAACAAGAUUGGAAACGCAGCAAAGGAAACAAUUCAUGGUUCCAACUGGUUUUUGUCAGGGACAGCUUUUGGCAGCCUAAUGUUCCUCACCUUCUGGAUUUUUGGAGAGGUCUCUCUAGUUUCUAGAUGGGCAGUGAGUGGACACCCACAACCUGGGCCAGAUCCUAAUCCACAUGGGUAAAGUGUGUGCUCUCCUAGUAUUUUAUUAAGCAAGUUAAAAAUAUCAAAUCCCAAACAGGUGGAGCUUGGAGGGCAUGAAAUCCUGGUAACAACAACAACUUCUAAAGCAACCCUGGACAGUAAUCAAAUUGCACCUCCUUCCUGCUCCACCCUUGCUAUAAAGUCGGGCACUGCUUGUUACAGUAAAACUGACUGUAACUGGCUGGGAAAUAUUUAGCUAGUCUAUCCAUAACAACUUGCUUGUCCAAAUCCUCUUCAGAUUCAGGCCAGAGGAAAAGAAAAGAAUUAAGUUUAGCUUGUGCCUUCUCUUGAGUUGUUUCUUUCGAAAAACGCAAUAAUUAUCUGUUCUCUCAUUUUUACAGAGGCGCCGUUCUCUUAGGACUGGCUCAUGGACUAAUGCUGUCUUUCUGGCCUUGGUCUACGUGCGCCCUGUGUGGUUGGUGCCUUAUAGGUAAGAAUAAAUGUUCUGCAGUCCCUAAGCCUCUUAAAGACAUUGCAUUAGUAGGAAUGGGGAAAGGAGACAUACGUUCUUCAUUUGCUGAACUGUAUAGACUUGGGGAUCUUGCCCAUGGUGAAAUUCACAGCAUGAGUUCAUCUGAGAGUAAUUUUUAGGUGUUAUAUGAGUGCGUUAGUCAUGGAAUAGUUCUUUCAUUUUGAUGUAAAUACUGCACAGUAAGUGGUUUAAGGAUCUACGCAAUUACUUCUCCAUCCAGGGAGCUUUCAUAUACCGUCUUAUACAGUAGGCGGCAAGAAGUAUGUAUAUGUUUUUAGCUCAUGGUUGGAGGAUCAGAAACAACAUUUAUCAUGUUAGGUGUUAGAACUCACGCUUGCUUGGAAACUCUAAUCCAUAAUUAGUUUACCAUACUUGGGUAAGCUGAUAGCGUCUAGGCAUUCCUGGGUGAAACCUUGAUCCUCAUCAAUGCCGUUUCUGCCCUAGUAGUAGUUUCUAUACUGAGAUCAUCUUAGUCAUCACAGUGGUUACCAUUCAUCUUGGACAAUUCCACCUUCCUAGCUCCUUAGCAGUUUUUCAGUAAAGUGUAUUACCAAAUGCUGGGUCAACUGCUUCAGAAUCUCUUUGGGUUCCAAGAGAUAGCAAUCCAACAGAAAGUAUUUAAAUAACUGGAGAACUAUCAGACUGGUUUGAGGACAUUAUUAGUCUUGGGAACCCUUUAUUGUUUACUCUGAUCCCAGUUAUAAUAAGGUCUGUGAUGGUUUUUAUUCAUGGUGAUGUUUUAUUAUAAUAAAGGGGAUAUUGAUACUGCGUUAUAUUUAUAAAGGGGUUGUUUCCGUUAGAUUUUAUGGUGCCAUAUUUAUCACUGUGUGUUGUAGCCAACAUUAGUUCUAGUCAGAGCAGAACCAUCAAAAUUAAUAGACAUGACUAGCUUAUGUUCUAGAGUACUAGACCUACUCUGAGUAGAACCUACAACCAAAUGACAGUGGUGCCAUAUUGAUCAGGAAGACAAUACAUAGCAAUGUUUUGUGACUUUGGCAUCAUUUUUUGUCCCUUUUUUAAUAGGUGCAGCAGGAGCAGCUGGUCUGCUUGGCUUACGAACGUGGUAUGCAGCCAUUGCUGGCGACCUCCUAGCUGUCUUUACAAUGUGCGUGUGGCCUCGCAUAACCGGAUGCUUCGUUAGCUGUUUACAUCCUGGGAAAGUCAUGAGUACAGCCAUGCUCAUACUUGUGCUAGAAACAUUCUUCUGUGUGUGGUGCACAGCUUAUAAAUUUGUGCCUGGUGGAAUCUAUGCUAGAGAAAGCUCUCAUAUUCUUUUGGGUAUGUUUGCCCUUCUUAGAGGGUUAUGUAAACAGAAGUAUGAGUGUAUCAUUUAUAAUACUUGCAUCUUUACAUGCAAAUACUAGUGCAGAAACAAUCUUUAACAUGUGUAGGCAAACUAAGGCCCGGGGGCCGGAUCCGCCUCAAUUGCCUUCUAAAUCUGGCCUGCGGACAGUCCAGGAAUCAGCGUGUUUUUACAUGAGUAGAAUAUGCAUUAUUUAAAAUGCAUAUCUGGGUUAUUUGUGGGGCCUGCCUGGUGUUUUUACAUGAGUUGAAUGUGUGCUUUUAUUUAAAAUGCAGCUCUGGGUUAUUUGUGAGGGAUGCAGGUGGCGCUGUGGUCUAACCAAAGAGCCUAGGGCUUGCCGAUCAGAAGGUCGGAGGUUCAAAUUCCCGCAAUGGGGUGAGCUCCCGUUGUUUGGUCCCAGCUCCUGCCCACCUAGCAGUUAGAAAGCAUGUCAAAGUGCAAGUAGAUAAAUAGUUACCACUCCGGUGGGAAGGUAAACGGCGUUUCCAUGUGCUGCUCUGGUUCGCCAGAAGCGGCUUAGUCAUGCUGGCCACAUGACCCAGAAGCUGUCUGCGGACAAACGCCGGCUCCCUCGGCCUAUAGAGCGAGAUGAGCACGCAACCCAAGAGUUGUCCGCGACUGGACCGAACGGUCAGGGGUACCUUUACCUUUACCGGGUUAUUUGUGGGGCAUAGGAAUUUGUUCAUUCCCCCCCCCAAAAAAAUAUAGUCCGGCCCCCCACAAGGUCUGAGGGACAGUGGACCGGCCCUCCUGCUGAAAAAGUUUGCUGACCCCUAAUCUUUAAGGACGAAUUCACAGUGUGCUGUGCCUUGAUUAUUAUACAAAAUAAUGACAAUUCAAAGUUUCUGUAAGGCUCCAGCACUCAGCGCUUUUCGACGGAGCAUGGUCACCAUUCAGCUACAAAAUGAUAGAUGUACAUGCAAAAGCCACAGCACCCACGACAAAUCCCAGACUGGACCUAAAUAAGAGUAACUGAAAAUAAUUUUAAAUCAGAUCAUUCCCCUAGCCUAUACUAGGUCAUAAUUUUGGAAUAACUCUCCCAUAUUUUGUCCUUAUGUAUGAUGUAUGUAUGAUGUAUAUAUCAUUAUAUACGGCACCUUACCAGUUUUCACUAGCAAACAAGACAGGUUCCUGUUUCAAAGAGCUUGCAGUGAGGAAGGCAAUAGGGGAAGGAGAUACAGGAGAAAGGUAUACAACUGCAGUUACAUGUACUUUGACUUGGAUACAUCUAGGAAAGAGAACUGGGAUUCAUUAUUUCGUUUUGUCAUGCGUUCCUUUAUUUUCUCUAUUUUGGGGCAAACGUUAUGUGCAUAAGGGAUGCGGGUGGCGCUGUGGGUUAAACCACAGAGCCUUGCACUCUAGAAGGUCAGCGGUUCGAAUCCCCGCGAUGGGGUGAGCUCCCGUUGCUCAGUCCCUGCUCCUGCCAACCUAGCAGUUCAAAAACACGUCAAAGUGCAAGCAGAUAAAUAGGUACUUCUCCAGCGGGAAGCUAAACGGCAUUUCCGUGCGCUGCUCUGGUUCACCAGAAGCGGCUUAGUCAUGCUGGCCACAUGACCCGGCAGCUGUACGCCGGCUCCCUUGGCCAAUAAAGCAAGAUGAGUGCUGCAACCCCAGUCAGCCAUGACUGGACCUAAUGGUCAGGGGUCCCUUUACCUUUACCUUUUUAUUAUGCAUAUAUUAUACCAACCUCUGUAAUCCUAUCAGCCACUUCUGUAUUGCUCACACACUAGUCAAAGAACGUGAUUGUAAAUAGUGAGAUUGAACUUUUUGUUUUCCCUUCUGAUUUAUCUGUAGCCUCCAAAGAAAAACUUUUCAGCCCUGAUUUGGCCAUUCAGGUUUGGCUAUGAUAAUGAAGGUUGGCCCAACUUAGAGCGAUCGGUCGUCCUUCUGAAUCAAACAGGUACUUUCAACAAAAUCAUAUAGCUUGUGCAUUAUGCCUCUCUUGUCUUCUGUGAUAGACUCUUCCACCUGCGGCAGAGGGGUAUAGAACCAGGAAAUCAGAGCUCUGGGCUCUAGAAUGGGAACAACCUUCAGUUGCUAUAAUUAUUUUUGUUGUUAAUUAUGAUUGCUAUUAUGCCAUACCAAUGUUGGGCAGGAGGAGCAGAAACGUCAUUCAGGUAAGCAACACAAGGAGACAUAAUUUUUUCUAUUAGAUGUUUGUAUUAGAUAUUGUGUUUCACAAAAACCAGUAUUGCUCCUGUGGAGUGAGAAGAUGAGAUCAUUUUAUUUUCCCCUCUUUGCAUACUAAAGCCUUUCACCAAAAGAGUCAAUGAGACAAUGCAGAGGUGGCAGAAUCAAUAAUAUGCUUUGUUCUUUGCAUUUUGAUAGAAAAAAUUGAAACAGUUGAUGUUAUGAGAUUACUACCCAGUUUCCCGCUGCUUGCCUCUCUUUUCAAACAAAAUAUAAAUAAAUACUGAAGAUAUAUUAAUAAAGCUACACUUCUCAACCCAUUGUUUUGUUUCCCAGGGGCAGACUUUAUUACUAUUGUGGAGAGUGACGCUUCUAAGCCAUUCAUUGGGAACAAUGAUCCAACCAUGUGGUUGGGAGAGAAACUUGGUUUUUACACAGAUUUUGGCCCAAGUACCCGAGAUCAUACUUGGGGGUGAGUGAACUGUAUUUGAUUACAGAGGUGCAAUAGGUGAUUAAAGACAUAGAUAUCUGAUGCAUUGUAAUGAGGAUGCUAUUGUGUUUAUAUCAAGUGUGAUAUCAAGUUAUAUCAUUUUUCUGGGUUUCUUUCUUUCUUUUUUGGAUGCAGAUACUUGUGAAUUAUGGCAUUUCAUAACAUGCCUUCAUUAUCCCAUAUCCCAUAGGGACAUAUCCUGCAUCCUGAACAUGCCUUUAGCCGACUCUCAGUCCUCUACAGGUCUAGUUUGGAUUUCGCUAAACCAUAAUUUUACAUGACACGAAGCAGUCUGUGAAUUCCAGGCUUGCAAGAUCCGCCCCCACCCUGCCCCGUCUCCUCCAGUGUGGCUAUAAGGAGAUUGCAAGCUUUUGCUUCAUAUUUUGCUUGACCACAGCUUAUCAUUUUAUCCAACCUGCAGUCUUGGUAUUAAAUGGGGUGAGAUGUGGAAAACAUGUACCUUGAAUUCUCAUCUAUAGCUUCCUAGAUUGAUAAUAUGGAAGUGAAAUAGGAACUUGUUGGCUUACAUUAUUUCCCCGUCAUGCCAUAGAACAUUAUCUGUUCCUGGACCUAAAGCCACAACAUCCCAUAAUUUUCACCCUUAUCUUUUAUUGAAUCCUGCACAGGCUUUCAACCCUAUUUAGUUAUGAGAUGAUUACCCAGUUUCCUGAGUGAGCCUCUUUUGCCCUGUUCUCCCAUCCUAGCUCAUUAAGUCUCCUACCCAGUGGUGAUACCUUGGACGGCUGCCUUGGGUCACUGAACUGCAGGUGCUGGUUUUAGUUUGCAUUGUGCUUUGGAACUAGCUGUGUUCAGUAAUUUUACUUUAAUGUAACGCAGGAUGAUGGUUCUGUCAAGAUACCCAGUCGUGAAGUCCAGACACCACCUUCUCCCUUCUCCUGAGGGAGAGAUAGCACCAGCCAUCUCCAUGACUGUGAACUUCACAGGGAAACUGGUGGAUUUUGUGGUUGCUCAUUUUGGAAAUGAAGAGUAUGUAUGAAAAUUGCUUGUGUGAACAGAAAAGAAGCCAACUAUUUAAGAUAUUAUUAUUAUUAUUAUUAUUAUUAUUAUUAUUAUUAUUAUUAUUCCAUCCACACCUGAGAAAAAUACCGUAUUUUUCACUCUAUAAGACGCACCCGACCAUAAGAUGCACCUAGUUUUAGAGGAGGAGAACAAGAAGAAAAAAAUUCUCUCCCUCUCUGUGCAGCGCCCCUUCAGUGAAGCGGCAGGAGAAACGGAGCACUUUCCAUUUCUCCUCCCGAUUCGCUGAAGGGGCGCUGCGCAGAGAGGGAAAGCUUCGCAGUGCCUCUCCAGCGAAGCGAAGCCAGGAGAACAAGAGGAAUAGGUGUGCACCGAUCCCUCUUGCUCUCCUGGCUUCAGCGAAAGCAACGCGAAGCCAUGGAGCCUGCAUUUGCUCCAUAAGACGCACACACAUUUCCCCUUACUUUUUAGGAGGGGAAAAGUGCGUCUUAUAGAGCGAAGAAUACGGUAUUGAUAUCGGUAAUGGAUGGAUGUCAUCCAGUACCUAAGAUUAGAAUCAACCGGAGUCAUGUUCUUUUGAGUAGUUUUUUUAAAAAAGAAAUUUAUUUGGCUUUACAAAUUAGUGUUUACAUUCAAAGUCAUGUAUAAAAAACAAAUAAACAAGAUUCUUUCUGGGUGGCUUCCAACCAAAUAUUAAAAACACAAUACAGCAUUAAAUAUUAAAAAUUUCCCUAAACAGGGCUGCCUUCAGAUGUCUUUUAAAAGUAAGAUAGUUGCUUAUUUCCUUGACAUCUCAUGGGAGGGCGUUCCACAGGGCAGACGCCACUACUGAGAAGGCUCUCUGCCUGGAUCCAUGUAACCUCACUUCUCGCAGGGAGGGAACCACCAGAAGGCCCUCAGCGCUGGACCUCAGUGUCCAGGCUGAACAACGGGGGUGGAGACGCUCCUUCAGGUAUACAGGACUGAGGCCGUUUACCUCCACCCACGUCCCUCCACCCUUCCAUGGGUUUUUUACUUAACCUUUUCUACUGCAUAUCAUCGUCACCCCAAUUUUUUAGUUGUCCAUUGUGCCCAAGUCUUUGUUACAUUACAAGAGUUGUUUUAAACCUGCUAAAGAGUUCAAAUGUUUACAGUGGUCUUCCAAAUAUAAUAUAAAUUUCCCCCAUUCUCUGUUGAAGUUUUGAUCUUCCUGAUUUUCCCAGUCAUUUCUUCCAUUUCCUCCUAGUCUAAGAGUUUCAUCUACCAUUCCACUCUGGUAGGGACCUUGUUGUCUUUCCAGCUUUGAGCUACCAGCAUUCUGGCGCCUGUCAUUGCAUGUUAUUUUGAGUACUGUAGUUAAUUAAAAAAUGAUAGUGAAAGUAGGAGGGCAGACUGAAAACAGAAGAUGUUGAGAUGUUGUGGAACUCGGGUUGGCUCUGUAUUUUGCAGAGCCAUGGGGCUGGUCGAUACAAGCACAUACAGCAGUUAAUAUCUCAUUAGAACAAGAUGAGGAGCAGUUGGGUUUGUGAAUUGAGUUCAUUGAGAAGUGCUAUUUGGUGGUAUUAAAUAUUAAAUAUAAGUGUGGUGGCUCCGGCACAUGUGCAAACCCAUCACUUUUAGAUGGAGUGGUAUGGAAUAGAAAUUCCUUUCCUUUCACUUUGCUCACUGACUAGACCAAGAAGAUUAAUAUCCUUUUUAAAAAAAUGCUUUAUAGGUCCAAUUUAGCAUCUUAUGAAAAACAUAGCCUGACAGUGUUUGUGACUGUGCUAGAGACAAAAAAAGGCAAAAGCAACCUUAUUGGCCAGUAAGGAAGAAUUCAAAAUCCACAUCAGGACAAUGAAGGAGCGUCUCCACCCCCAUUGUUCAGCUCAGACACUGAGGUCCAGUGCUGAAGGCCUUCUGACGGUUCCCUCGCUGUGAGAAGCCAAGUUACAGGGAACCAGGCAGAGGGCCUUCUCGGUAGUGGCACCCGCCCUGUGGAACACUCUCCCACCAGAUGUCAAGGAAAUAAACUACCAGACUUUUAGAAGAUAUCUGAAGGCAGCCCUGUUUAGGGAAGCUUUUAAUGUUUAAUAAACGAUUGUAUUUUAAUAUUUUGUUGGAAGCCACCGAGAGUGGCUGGGUUAUUAUUAUUAUUAUGUUAUUAUUAUGUUAUUAUUAUUAUUAUUAGGCCAGGCAAAAUGUUACAAAAUAGUGUACAAGCUUUGAGUUCUCCGGAAUGCUUAAUCAAGCUAGAUGUUAAGCAAACUAAGGGUGGGAACAGGAAAAUAACUUGGCUUAUAUUGGAGCCCUGGAGUUGUUUGCAUUUAGUUUCAGUCUUUAAUGGUACUUGCUCAUGAUUAAAAUGGUGGGGUGCUGGAUGGGAGAAGACCUGGACUCAAAUCUGUGCUCAGCCAUAUAGACCAUGUCUUGGGCAUGUUGCUGGUUCUCAGCCUAACCAACCUCACAUGGCUGCUGUGAAGAUAAAAUGGGGUAACGACAUGUAUUCCCCCUUGAACAUUUUUAAGAAUGGGUAGGUCACAAAUGUGAUCAGCAACAAAUAUAAUGGAUUGCAGUUGUUAGCAGAAAUAUUUGCGAUUCCCCCACUCUCCCUAGAAAUUGCAAUUUCCCUAGAAAGAUGAAUCGUAUCUUAUGACUGCAAUUCUUGCCAUUGCCACUUCCUUCAAAUAAGAAUCAUAUCUUAUUUCCCACCCCCAGAGAAGACUCAGAUAGAGAGCUUCAAGCAAUAGCUGUUUCUAAUUUAUUGAAGAUGAGCUCUAACCAGGUUGUGUUUCUAGGAUACAUCACUUCAGCUCCUGGUUCCAGAGAUUACUUGCAAAUAAUUGAAAAUGGCAACGUUAAGGUAUUACAGUUAUGAUCCGAAAUCAUUUCUGUAAAAAUACAAGAUUGGUAACAAUACAACUUGGUGGCCUGGGUACAUAUUUACGGCAUAAUAGUAAAUUAAAAUGAAACUGUGCAUGCAUUGGUUUUUUAAAAGGUGGUCAGAAUCUUAAUGUGCAAAAAGCACUGUGUGGACAAUUACCCAGGCUGGAUAGCAGAGUGCUUAUCUAAAGAACAAGGAAAAGAAAUGCAUAGUCAAUAGAAGACUGAAAUGAAAGCGAUUAGAGCAAAUCAUCUCCUAAACCCAAUUUCAUCCACCUCAUCUCCUUUCUCACCUAAUCACAAACAAAAUCCCUACCCUCCAUAGCUGUUGUUCCAUGCUCCCUUCAGCUCUCCCACUUAUUUAACGUUCGAUACAGUGGUACCUCAGGUUAAGAACUUAAUUCGUUCCGGAGGUCCGUUCAUAAGCUAAAACUGUUCUUAACCUGAAGCACCACUUUAGCUAAUGGGGCUCCUGCUGCUGCCUCACCGCCGGAGCACAAUUUCUGUUCUCAUCCUGAAGCAAAGUUUUUAACCCAAGGUAAUAUUUCUGGGUUAGCGGAGUCUGUAACCUGAAGCGUAUGUAACCUGAAGCGUAUGUAACCCGAGGUACCACUGUAUAUUGUUUUUCUUCCUCACCCCUCCCGCAUAUUCUUAAGCAGCACAUGCUUCUGGUUCACAUUUUUGGUUUUUCUAUAGCUGUGUCAGAAGUCUAUAAAAGGGCCCCCUCCCCACUUGCUUACUUACUUACAGCUACAAACACUCAACUACAUCCAGAUUUCCUUCCAGGUUAACAAGCUGAGGUGUCGGCAAAGCAUUCAGGCUUAGAGCAUCCUUAACUACUGUUUACAACCACCUCUCCUCUCAUGUGAGAGGUUGCAACUAAUCCCUCAUCAAUUCUUGCUUCUGUCAUUUAGCCUUCUUGAAAUAUCAUCUGAUACUAGAGCCAUAUCAUAGAUCAACUUCUGUUCUGACCGCUUAUGCAAUGCUCUGUCAACCAAUUUCUCCAGGGGCCCAAUGUUCACUAUCUAAGUUCCCCCCACUGCACCCUCGAUCUCUCGGUAUUCCAUGCCCCUGAGUUCCUAUGGGGCUAUUUUUAUUAUUUAAGCAUCUGCAAACACUGGGGUUACUAAGAGUCUGCUGAUAUCACUCUCUAGUGUGUGGAUUCUGUGAUUAUAGCUAGGAAAGCAUGAGCACAGGGAGACUUGCAUCAAUCUUAGAAUGAUUUGCACAAUCCCCACAGGCUAAUAUUUUAAAAUAAAAUAGUUCAAUACCAGUAGUUUCUCUGGUUUUGCAAAUUCUAGCUUCGGUUUGAUCAUCUGAAACCUAUAAACACAGUGACUUUGUUCGCAUCUGCUGAAACCUUUUUCACGAACCACUUCCUCUUGCAUUUGUUUUACUGCUGCUUAGGAUAUUGACAACACAGAUCAAGAUAGAUGGUGCAGUUAUAUAAUGUAUCGUGGAUUAAUAAGGUACGUUAAAUAGAUACCUUGGUUAUUUGCCUACGGACCCUCACUAUCUUCUUGUCUCAUACACUCAGCUGCCAUUUUAUGUGCUGUGCAUGCCUGUAUCAUGCUCUGUAUUUUCGAGUGACCAGUUUGAGGGGCAGGUUUUGUAUCAUCAGACUGUGACACAGGGUGUGUUCACAUUAAAAGGUAAAGGACCCCUUGAUGGUUAAGUCCAUUCAAGGAUGACUAUGGGGUGCGGCUCUUAUCUCACGUACCACCUUACAGAAAAUGGAAGUUGUUCUCCCCUUCCAGCUGUUCAACAUCCGUACAGCUUUAAUUCAUUUCUGUUUGUGUACACACUGGGGUGGGGGCGUUUAUGGGGUAGGGAUAGAUUUACUCUAUGCAAGGGUGUUCAAACCUUGACUAGAGAUGAAUUCGGAAGGCGUGAAGCUGUAUCUUAUAAUAAGGUACAGGAUACACAUGUCUUUUGGAUUGUGUGAACAUGCAUUAAGAACACAGUACAGUCGUACCUUGGUUGUCAAACACCUUGCAACUCGAACGUUUUGGCUCCUGAACGCCGCAAACCCAGAAGUGAGUGUUCCAGUUUGCGAAUGUUCUUUGGAAGCUGAAUGUCCGACGCGGCUUCCGUGGCUUCCAGUUGAGUGCAGGAAGCUCCUGCAGCUAAUCGGAAGCCGUGCCUUGGUUUUUGAACGUUUUCAGAAGUCGAAUGGACUUCUGGAAUGGAUUCUGUCUGAAAACCAAGGUACGACUGUACCGGAAACGCAGUGAGUGCACAGCAAAUGGGAAUGUCUCCAUCUCUUUAACCUUUUCCUAUAGAAAUGAAUGAUUACCAUUCGUUUGUAUUUGUUCAAAGUGGAUGCAGCUUCCUUAAAAUGGUAUUAAUUUUGUCUGCAGGUCAAAUUAUUCCUUACUGGUGCAAACUGAGCCCUCAUCUGCACUAUAAAUUUAAAGCAGUAUCAUACCAUUUUAAACAGUCAUGGCUUCCCCCAAAGAAUCCUGGGAACGUUAGUUUGUGAAGAGUGCUGAGACUUGUCAGGAGACUCCUAUUUCCCCCUUUGAGCUACAGUUGCCAGAGUGGUUAACCAUCAGUCCCUCUUCCCAGGGAACUCUGGGAAUUGUAGCUCUGUGAGAGGAAUGGGAGUCAGCACCCUCAACAAACUACUAUUCCCAUUAUCAUUUGGAAGGGAGGGAACCAUGGCUGUUUAAAGUGGUGUGUAUAGCACAGAUGGGGCCUGAGGUGUGCUUUUAGAGCAGCUAGGUGGUGCAGUGGGUCAGUGUGUCCGGCUGUUAACCAGAUGAUUUGUAUUGUGGUUCAAGCUCACCCAAGAACUGCUAUGGGCAAGAUUCCUGCAUUGCAGGGGGUUGGACUAGAUGACCCUUGGGGUCUCUUCCAACUCCACAAUUCCAUUAUUUUAUUCUAUUAAUAGCUUGAGAAGCAGUUAAUUAGAUACUGAAACCUGCCAUUUAUAUUAUCGGAUGGCAAACAGUCACAAAGGUUAGAAACUAAAGUGGUACCUUAGGUUAAGUACUUAAUUCGUUCCGGAGGUCCGUUCUUAACCUGAAACUGUUCUUAGCCUGAAGCACCACUUUAGCUAAUGGGGCCUCCUGCUGCUGCUGUGCCGCUGGAGCCCGAUUUCUGUUCUUAUCCGGAAGCAAAGUUUUUAACCUGAAGCACUAUUUCUGGGUUAGCGGAGUAUGUAACCUGAAGCGUAUGUAACCUGAAGCGUAUGUAACCCAAGGUACCACUGUAUUUGGAAAUCUUGAAUGAGUAAAAAAUUAAAAUGAAUGAGAUGUUUUACUUCAUUGAAAAAAAUUAUUUGCAUUUAUGGCAGAUUGGGCUAUGCUCGAAUUUCUCAUGCUCAUCUGAGUGAUUCUGAACUUCAAAUGGCAAAAUUUAGAAUCCCAGAUGACCCAGAUAAUUAUAUUGAUAAUGACAAACUCACCAUUGACCCCAGUGAAGUAUCGAAGGAAACACAUUUUGCCACAAGGUUAGUGCAUUUAAAAUCAAAAUGUGCCACAAUGUUUUCAAGUGAGUGGCUUUGAAAUUGCCAUCACUUUUGUGAACAUGAAAUAUGGGAAUCCGUAAGUUUAGUAGCCUGUACCUAUGACUUGGAGUAAAGAGAUUCUUUUUUGUAAUUCUUUUUUUGAGAAUCGCUCUCUCAGAGAAUGAAUUCAGCUGGCGAGUAUGGGCAGGAUUGUAGCCAAUAUGGGGCCACUGAGAAACUGAGUCAGCAUAUUUAGUUUGCCACACACACACACACACACACACACACACACACACACACAUAUGUGACAAAAGAUGCCUAAGGGAGCACCUCACUCCCAAAGAGAAUAGUGCAUACUCAGAGUUUAUGCUGGGCAUAAAAUACAGAAAAGUGACUUGUGCACGUGAAGAAAUUGAGGAUCCUGGAAGGGAAUAUGGCUGGCUAGUAAAAGGUACCCCUGGUUAGGGGUCAGCAAACUUUUUCAGCAGGAGGGCUGGUCCACUGUCCCUCAGACCAUAUGGGGGGCUGGACUAUAUUUGGGGGGGGGAGGAAUGGACAAAUUCCUAGGCCCCACAAAUAACCCGGUAAAGGUAAAGGUACCCCUGACCAUUAGGUCCAGUCGCGGACGACUCUGGGAUUGCGGUGCUCAUCUUGCUCUAUAGGCCGAGGAAGCUGGCGUUUGUCCGCAGACAGCUUCUGGGUCAUGUGGGCAGCAUGACUAAGUCGCUUCUGGCAAACCAGAGCAGCGCACGGAAACGCCAUUUACCUUCCCGCUGGAGCGGUACCUAUUUAUCUACUUGCACUUUGACAUGCUUUCGAACUGCUAGGUUGGCAGGAGCUGGGACCAAGCAACGGGAGCUCACCCUGUUGCGGGGAUUCAAACCGCCAACCUUCUGAUUGGCAAGUCCUAGGCUCUGUGGUUUAGACCACAGCGCCAACAAAGGUACUCAACACUGCAGCAUUUUGCUGCAGGUCCCAUUUGAAUGAUACUUGUUCUAUCAGUGUGGAUAGUUCAUUAUGUACCAAGUCUCAAUGAAAUCAGAGAAUCAUGUAGCACAACUAUAUGCAUGUUUACUCAGAAGUAAGUCUCAGUGAAUUCAGCGGGGCUUAGUUCCACCAGAUAUUUGUCCAAAGGCAGAAGGAAACCUGUGUACUGGGGCAGUGAGGGAGGAAAGUAAAAUUAAAUAACCUAAUUUCAAUUUAUUUUCUACCCUGAUACUACUAAUUUCAUAUAUUUUUUUGCUAUAAAGCUGUACAAUUAGCGAAGGAGAAAGAUGCUUAUACCAUGAACGUCUCACGCAUUAUUUUUGUACAGGUUUGGAUGCUAUCAAGAUGGGCACAAUUAUGAGAUGAACCAUCGUUUUCACAUGAGCACACCAAAGUACUUUAAGCAAGCUAGCCACUAG